GACUAAAAGUUCAUUAAUAGCAUCCAAUUUACACAUUUCUCUACAUCUUUACAAACUCGUCCAACAAUAUGGUUUGUGAAAGGAAGAUUGUGGAUGAGGUAUCGGGCUGGCUCAGAGUCUACGACGAUCGCUCUGUCGACCGCAAGUGGACGGGUCCUCCCGAGGUCAAGUUCAUGUCCGACCCAGUUCCGCCGCACGAAGAAUUCGUGGACGGUGUUGCAACCCGUGACGUCCAGGUCAAUUCGGAGUCAGGACUCCGUGUCAGAAUAUAUUUACCAGAGCCUAUGGCCGAAGACUCGGCCAAGUUACCUGUGGUGCUUCAUUUCCACGGUGGUGGCUUUUGCAUUAGCCAAGCAGAUUGGAACAUGUACUAUAAUAUUUACAGUACGCUCGCGGUCAGAGUCCGAGCCAUAAUUGUGUCCGUCUACCUCAGACUCGCCCCUGAGCACCGCCUCCCGGCAGCUUGCGACGACGGCUACUCUGCUCUCCUCUGGCUGCGGGAGUCACAAGAGCCGUGGCUCAACCAGUACGCGGACUUAAGCCGUGUUUUCCUCAUCGGAGAUAGCUCCGGUGGUAACAUAGUACAUGAGGUGGCUGCACGUGCCGGAGAGACGGAUAUCAGUCCGGUGAGACUUGCCGGUGCUAUACCGAUCCACCCAGGAUUUGUCCGGCCGGAGAGGAGUACGUCGGAGUUGGAGCAGCCCGAAUCGCCAUUUCUAACCCUAGAAAUGGUGGACAAGUUCUUGAGCUUCGCAUUGCCGGUGGGAAGCACCAAGAACCACCCGAUAACGUGUCCGAUGGGCGGCAUGGCCCCGUCCAUCGACGGCCUGAACCUACCGCCGGUCCUGUUCUGCGUUGCUGACAUGGACUUGAUCAAAGACACUGAGAUGGAGUACUACGAGGCAUUGAAGAAGGCCAACAAGAAGGUGGAGCUGUUUGUUAGUUCUGGUGUUGGCCACAGCUUCUAUCUUAACAAGAUUGCAGUGGAUUUUGACCCACACACCGCUAAAGAAACUGAAAAACUGAUUACUGCUGUCAAAGAAUUUAUCAACAAGCACUGAGAUCAAGGCAGUGUUUGUUUUUGUGUUUUAAUUUUGUGCUUAUAUAUAUAUAUAUAUAUAUAUUUAAUUACCUAGUAGUACUUCUUGUCUUUCAACUUUUCACUAUGAGAAGGGAUAAAAUAUUAUGCCGGAGUAUCAGUCUGGUUUCAUUGCAUC